AUGAGCCAAACCGUAGAUGGGUUUGUGUCUGCCUUCCGUUGCUGGAAGGGUGAAGACGAUGACGUUUGUUUGAAGAUCAACCUGCUGGACUGUGAGUAUCUAAAACAGCAGAGUGCAAAUGAGGAGGCUGAGAUGUGUGGCAGUGGUGAAUUGUUCGACAACAAGUUCAUUGUCCAUCGAGGCUCACUCAAGAGCGUUAGUGUAGGCUCCUGGGAAGAUAAGAAUGUCAGCUGGUUGUGGAAAGAUUGUAGGCGGAACUGUGUUCGUACCUAUGGCUUUGACUCUGCAGGCCACCAAAAGAUGCUGGAAGGCAGCGAUGUCAUGAGAUGA